UUCAUGAAGUCUUCAGGAAUAAAAACAGCACUUUAUGCCAUAAGGCUGGAAUUUAGCCUUACCAUUCUUACCUUUCCAAUCUUCUUGUUGCGUUUCUGGUUCUUGUUUUCUUCUUCCCUUCACCCUUCAAAAGGGUGCCCCUUAAUAAGGAUGAACCUCUCAUAGAUUCACGUAUGCUCCAGAAAUUUGAACUAUUAUUUUGCAACUCUUCUUGCCAAAUUUUGAAGGGACAUUUGGGUUGUCUAUAAAUGAACGAGAACAGGAUUGAUUGUGUAGGACGGACUCAACAAAGCUAUGGCCUAAAUGGUGAUUGGAAUUCUGAGUUUGGCAAUUGUUCUAGUCAAUAUUUUGAUGUGAGACAGGCUUCAAAUAUGGGAACUUGCAAUCAGCCACUUGCAAUGGCCAGUGGUGGAGGAGUGGAACAGGAACCACACAUAGGCCAAAACAAAUCAUCUAGCAGCAUCAUAAGCCGUUUCAAGUCUCCUGCUUCAGCCUUUUAUGCAACAGAAAUGUGCAUGGGUGGUUUCCCUCAAUAUGAUAGCCAAAUUGGCAAUCCAUCUUUGAUGUCUCAUUCCUCCAAGUUUAAUGAUAUGGAAUUUCCUUUAUAUCAAUCUCUCAGGCAAAGCCUAUUCAUGCCUUCAUUAGCAAACCAACCUCCCCCCAAAUUUGACUUGUCAAAUCCCUUGCAAGAAAUGCUCAAAUUUCAUUUGAAUAGUGAUCAAUGUGUUAGAUCUCUUGAAACAUUUAAUAAAAUCCCAUGUGGGGAUUUUCCUGGCAGCAAUUUUCUUCCAAUUGAACAACAUAAGUUAUUCAUUGAUGAUGCUGCCCCAAUUAGUAGAAGCCCUUCAAUUCCUUCUAAGGGAAAUCAGGGUCAAACAGUUUCUUGUGGCUCAUUCAAUUUGCCUUCUGCACAGCUUAGUUUUUCUUCUCAGCAAGAGAUGCUGUCUCCAACAGGUAGCAUGCCAACUAAUUCUGGAAACUCUAGUUCAAAUGGAUCAGUAGUUUCAAGUAAAACAAGAAUAAGAUGGACUCAGGAGCUUCAUGAGAAGUUUGUUGAGUGUGUGAAUCGCCUCGGAGGUGCUGAGACAACACCAAAAGCUAUAUUAAGGCUGAUGGAUUCAGAUGGAUUGACCAUCUUCCAAGUUAAAAGUCAUUUGCAGAAAUAUAGAAUUGCCAAAUUCAUGCCACAGCCAACUCAAGGGAAAUCUGACAAAAGAACCAAUGCAGAGAAUGUGCAUCUUGAUGUCAAAACUGGCUUCCAAAUUAGAGAGGCACUUCAGUUGCAGUUAGAUGUUCAGCGGCGUCUUCAUGAACAGCUAGAGAUUCAGAGAAAAUUACAGUUGAGGAUUGAGGAGCAAGGUAAGCAGCUGAAGAUGAUGUUUGACCAACAGCAGAAGACAACUGAUAGCCACUUGAUUACUGAGAAUAGUGAUAGACCAAUUAGUUCUAAAGAUGUUCUGGUUUCCAUUUAUGAAGGGUCUGAAAAUUCCUUGUUCUCUUCCAAGAUAAGUUAGUUCUCCAAUCUCAUAAUUUCAUAGCUCUAUACAUAAACAAUUAAUUUCAGUUACACAGUGUGCCAACAAAUCAUACUCAUUGUAAGAGACUCAAACCACAUCAGAAAAUUGCAUUUUGAGAAGUAAAGCACUCUUACUGUCCUGCAAGUAAAAGCUCAAUAAGUUAGUCCAUAUAAGAAGAGUGUGCUACUUUAGCAUUACCUGAAAAACACAUCAUAAUUGGUUAAUUGUAAUUUUCAUAAAGAAAGCUUUUGUACAAGUUUAGCACAGUUUUGUUCUCU